UCUCGUUGGUCUCGCGGUGCUGUCGCGAGUUGCUUAUCGCGCCACAUUUUUCACACGCCGCCGCCUUUUACGGUGGGGCCAUAAACGCAGAUACUGUACAGAUACGCACUCGCAGACGCUCGCGCACACUCACGUGCAGCACAUCGAGAGCUCUGGGAUAAAAGCCUCGGCUUCCCCCGCAGGAGCACACCGAGCGCCUCGGCACUGCACAGCUGCUGCACAGCCGCAAAGAUGGGCAAGCGGAAGUUUUCGGGGCUGGAGGUGACCCUCAUUGUCCUCUUCCUCCUGGUCACCGUGGUGGCUGUGGUCCUCGUGGUGCUGCUGGCCACAGGCCAGUCGACUUCCAGUGAGAACAGUGACAACGACUCCGGAGUGACCGACGACUUCAUCCCCGAAUGUCCAAAAGUUGAUCCGAGUGAAAAGGUGGACUGUUACCCGGACGGUGGGGCGUCACCGAGGAAGUGUCUCCAGAGAGGGUGCUGCUGGGAUCCGGUGGACGAGAUCAACAUACCCUGGUGCUUCUUCUCCUUGAACCACAACUACGAGGUCUCCAGCGUGCAAAAGCCCAACGACCACAGGUUGGAGGCCGUGCUAAAGAGAAGGCCGGCGCCCACUCUCUUCGGGGGCGACAUCGAGCAGCUCAGCUUCCAGGCCGAGAUGCAGACGCAGAACCGCCUGAGAUUCAAGAUCACAGACGCCGAGCGCUCCAGGUUUGAGGUUCCCCACGAACACGUCACGAGUCCCGCGGAUCCCCCCGGCGGAGCCCUGAACUACGAGCUCGAGCUGCUCCACAUCCCCUUCGGCCUGCGGGUUUUCCGGGCCUCCAGCAAAAAACUGCUGUUCGACACCACCGUGGGCCCCUUGGUGUUCGCCGAUCAGUACCUGCAGCUGUCCGCGAAGCUGCCCUCGCACAACAUCUACGGUCUGGGAGAACACGUUCACCAGAACUUCCGGCACGACACCAACUGGAAAACGUGGCCCAUCUUCACACGGGACUCCUUCCCCAACGGGGGAACCCAUAACCUGUACGGACACUAUCCCUACUUCGCGUGCCUGGAGGACGAGAGCGGCGCUUCCUUCGGCGUCUUCCUCAUGAACAGCAACGCCAUGGAGGUCACUCUCCAGCCUGCCCCGGCCGUCACCUAUCGCACCAUCGGGGGAGUCUUGGACUUCUAUAUCCUGCUGGGAGACACCCCCGAGGCCGUGGUGCAGGAGUUCCUUGAGCUCGUCGGAAGGCCCGUGAUCCCCCCCUACUGGUCGCUGGGUUUCCAGCUCUCCCGCUGGGAUUACGGCAAUUUGACGGAGGUCAAGAAGACAGUGGAGCGCAACCGCGAAAUCGGGCUGCCCUACGACGUCCAGUACACAGACAUCGACUACAUGGAGGACAAGAAGGACUUCACGUACAAUGCGGUCAAUUUCACGGAGCUCCCGCAGUUUGCCGACUACAUGCACGCGGGCGGCCAGAAGUACAUCCUCAUACUGGACCCGGCGAUCUCCAACAAGCCCCGCAUCAACGGGCCGUACGAGUCGUACGAUCGAGGCACCCAGAAGAAGGCCUGGGUCACCGAGGCGGACGGAGAGACACCGCUGCUAGGAGAGGUGUGGCCCGGGCUGGCCGUGUUCCCCGACUACACGAACCCGGCCUGCAUCGAGUGGUGGGUCGACGAGAUCCAGAGGUUCCACCAGGAAGUGAAGCACGACGCCCUCUGGAUUGACAUGAAUGAGGUGUCCAACUUCCAGAAGGGCUCCGUGAACGGCUGCAGCAUCAACAACCUCAACGACCCCCCCUUCACUCCAAGAAUCCUGGACAACCUGAUGUACAGCAAGACCCUGUGCAUGGACGCAAAGCAGACGUGGGGGAGCCACUACGACGUCCACAGCCUCUACGGAUACUCCAUGGUCCUCGCGACGGAGGUGGCUCUCAAGAAGGUGUUUGGCAACAACCGCAGCCUCAUGCUCACCAGGUCCUCAUUCCCUGGCGUGGGGAAGUACUCCGGUCACUGGCUGGGUGACAACGCCGCCACCUGGAACGACAUCAAGUGGGCCAUCCCCGGGAUGCUGGAGUUCAGCCUCUUUGGAGUGCCCUACAUCGGCGCCGACAUCUGUGGCUUUUUCGACGACGUUUCGGAGGAGUUGUGCCGCCGCUGGAUGCAGGUCGGCGCUUUCUACCCUUUCAGCCGGAACCACAACGCCCAAAACUACAAGCCGCAGGACCCGGCCUGGUUCGGGGAGGACUCCCUCCUGGUGAACACCUCCAAGCACUACCUGAACAUCCGCUACACGCUGCUGCCCUACCUCUACACACUCUUCUACAAGGCCCAUGCGUACGGCGAUACGGUGGUGCGACCCGUGAUGCACGAGUUUUACUCUGACUCCGCCACGUGGGCCGUGGACCGGCAGUUCCUGUGGGGUCCGUACCUGCUCAUCACACCCGUGUUGGACCCCGGUGUGGAGACGGUGGCGGCGUACAUCCCAGACAGUCCGUGGUACGACUACGAAACGGAGGAGAAGAUGACCACCCGCAGGCAGUACAUCAACAUGUACCUUCCGGCCGACAAACUGGGUCUGCACAUCCGAGGCGGCGCCAUUCUCCCGACCCAGAGGCCUGCGGUGACCACCGUGUACAGCCGGAAGAACCCCAUGGGUCUGAUCAUCGCGCUGGACGACAACGAGCAGGCCGCCGGAGAGCUCUUCUGGGACGACGGAGAGUCUCGAGAUACAGUGAAUUCUGGAAAUCACAUCCAUUACAAGUUCUUUGUGGUUUCUGGGCUGUUGACCAUGAACGCCCUGCACAGCACCUACGUCGACCCCAAUGAUCUCCGAUUCGAGAACAUCACAGUUCUGGGAGCGAACUCGAUGCCCACAACCAUCGUGGUGACCCACAAAGGCGUGGAGACCCCGGUGCCCUCUCAGAACAUCUGGUAUAACGGUGACAAGAAGGUUCUCUACAUCAGAAACUUGACCUUGCUGCUGGGGCAGAACUACACAGUGAAGUGGAAUGGCAGUGUAUCCGAGACGGAGCGCUUCGACUGCCACCCCGAGGAGGGUAGCGAUGCAGACAAAUGCUUGGCCAGAGGCUGCAUCUGGAACCCAUCGGAAACUCCUCGUGUGCCUUGGUGUUUCUACCCCAAUGACUACGGCUACAAGGCAGUGAGUCCCACACCAGACACCACCGGUUGGAGUUUUGAAAUCCAGCGAAAUGCCAGGUAUCGCAGCCAGCGACUGGAGUCGCCCGACAUCAACACUCUUCGGGUGGAAAUCAAGUACCUCAGUGCUGACAUGCUGCAGUUUAAGAUAUACGAUCCUGCAAACAAGCGGUACGAAGUGCCCGUGCCCCUCAACAUCCCGCCCACUCCUGAGGCGGACCCCAACAAGAGGCUGUACGACGUUGAGGUGAACGAGCAGCCCUUCGGAAUCAAGGUGAUCCGCAAGAGCACCGGAACGGUCAUAUGGGACUCGACGCUCCCAGGCUUCACGUUCUCGGACCUCUUCAUCCAGAUCUCCACCCGCCUUCCCUCCAACUACAUCUACGGCUUUGGGGAGACAGAACACAGCAGCUACCACCAUGACCUCAACUGGCAUACGUGGGGCAUGUUCAGCAAAGACCAGCCACCCGGGUACAAGAUGAACUGCUACGGGGUGCAGCCCUUCUACAUGGGCCUGGAGAACACGAUGGACGCGCAUGGGGUGCUCCUGUUGAACAGCAAUGCCAUGGACGUGACCCUUCAGCCGACCCCAGCGCUCACGUACCGCACUGUGGGCGGGAUCCUGGACUUCUUCAUCGUGAUGGGUCCCACGCCGGAGCAGGUGGUGCAGGAGUACACGGAGCUGGUCGGGCGUCCCGUUUUGCCAGCCUACUGGUCUCUUGGAUUCCAGCUCUGUCGCUAUGGUUACCAAAACACCAUGGAGAUAGAGAACCUGUACAACGAGAUGAGAAACGCCGGGAUUCCCUACGACAUCCAGUAUGCGGACAUUGACUACAUGGAGAGGCAGCUGGACUUCACUAUUGACAAAGACUUCCAGGACCUGCCGGAGCUGGUGAACACGAUGAGGAGUGAGGGCAUGAGGUUCAUCUUCAUCCUGGACCCUGCAAUUUCAGGGAAUGAGACUGACUACCCUGCCUUCACUCGUGGGCACGAGAAGGACGUCUUCAUCAAGUGGCCAUUAGAGCUGGAGGAUGACAUAGUCUGGGGAAAGGUGUGGCCAGACUUCCCUAAUGUCACUGUAGAUGAGUCUUUGGACUGGGACACACAAGUGGAGCUGUACAGGGCCUACACGGCGUUCCCAGACUUCUUCCGCAACCAGACGGCCGAGUGGUGGCUGCAGGAAAUCAAAGAGUUUUACGUGAAAAUGAAGUUUGACGGCCUGUGGAUUGACAUGAAUGAGCCAGCCAGCUUCGUUCACGGCACCGUCGGGGGAAAAUGUCUGGGACCGGAGAAGUACGACUACCCGCCGUACAUGCCACAAUUGGAGUCCAAAAACGAGGGCCUCAAACACAAGACCCUGUGCAUGAACAGCGAGCAGUUCCUGGCUGACGGCACCCCGGUCAAACACUUCGACGUUCACAAUCUCUACGGAUGGUCCCACGCCAAGCCCACCUACGAUGCCCUGCUGGCUGUCACCGGGGAGAGAGGGGUGGUGGUGUCGCGCUCCACGUACCCCUCCAGCGGCAAAUGGGUGGGACACUGGCUCGGAGACAACACUUCCGGCUGGGACCAGCUUUUUAAGUCCAUCAUCGGAAUGCUGGAGUUCAGCUUGUUUGGCAUCUCCUAUACCGGCGCCGACAUCUGCGGCUUCUUCAACUCGGCCGAGUACGAGAUGUGUCUCCGCUGGAUGCAGCUGGGCGCUUUCUACCCCUACUCCCGGAACCACAACGGCAAAGGAAACCCGAGGCAGGACCCGGUGGCCUGGAACAGCACCUUCGCCGAGGCCUCGCGGAACGUCCUCAACAUCCGCUACACGCUGCUGCCCUACCUAUACACGCUGAUGUUCGAGGCCCACGCCACAGGAAGCACGGUGGUGCGCCCCCUGCUGCACGAGUUUGUGACGGACAAGGUCACCUGGGAGAUCUACCGCCAGUUCCUGUGGGGUCCCGCUCUGCUGAUCAGCCCCGUCACGGACCUGGGUGCCAGGGAGGUUACGGCGUACGUUCCAGAAGGCCGCUGGUACGAUUACAACACGACGAUGGCCGUGGAGAUAAGCAAAAACUGGAUGGUCAUGCCCACUCCUCUGGAGCACAUCAACCUCCACGUCCGCGGCGGCUACAUCCUGCCCUGGCAGACGCCGGAGAACACGACCCAUUACAGCCGCAAGAACCCGCUGGGGCUCAUCGUGGCCCUGAGCGACGCCGGUGCGGCCCAGGGCACCUUCUUCUGGGAUGACGGACAGGGCAUCGACACCUACGAGAACGGAAUGUACCUCCUGACAUCUUUCUCCGUCCAACAGAACACCCUGCAGAAUAACGUGGCUCACAGUGGCCUGGCCACAGCAGACCGCCUCAUCAUGGGACAGCUGAGGGUGUGGGGCGCCGGGAGCACCCAAGUGAAGGAGGUGACGCUGGCUGCGGGCGGGGAUCCGGCGAAGCCGCUGCCCGAAGACGCCGUCUCACACAACCUGCAAACACAGGAACUGGUCAUUGAUCUAACAGCUCAGUCGCUCCACGUGGACCAACAGUUUACCGUCACGUGGAAAACGAGCGUUUGACCCGAGGGAACACGCUCCUGUACACGUGCGUGUCCUGGGUGUGGCGACCGCUUCUUUGCACCGUGAAGGAAUCGCUUGUGGUCAAACCUGUCAGCUGCUUCUCCUUCGCUCUCUUCUCCCUUUCUCUCUGGGCUCUUUUCACCUUUGCUCUUGGGUUUGUGCGGAACGUCGGCGAUAAAUAAAGAGUCGCCGAUCCGGGAGCCGGACCUGUCUGUCGGAGCAAAGGGCGGCACUUUGUUGCCCGUAGCGACGCGACGCGACGCUCCGCUACUCUCCGUUUAUCACACGCGCUUAAUUGAUUUCUGCUCUAAUUGGCAAUCGUUUGGGUCGGAGGGGGGGCAGGGGGCGGAGACACCGGGGGGGCGAGCGCUGCUCUGGGAAUCUAAUGAGCAGCUCAUGGAGGCUCCGCUAUGUAGCGUCUCUAGAAAAACUAAUAGUUUGGGCUGUUUGUGCCUUUUUCUUUUCUUUUCUUUUCUUUUCUUUUCUUUUCUUUUCUCUCCCAUCAGCAACGACAUCUUAAGUACACGUUCCCUGUCGCAGAAGUGUGUGCUUCUCGAAAAGAAAGCAGUCCUUCGCAACAAUUCAAGAGGGAAUAAAGAGUUCAACUGGUUGACGUGCUGCAUAUUUUCAAGCGAUACAUAAAAUACCUUCCAUUUCCACCAGGCACCAUUUGCCAUGGAAACACAGACAAACAAACACACUUACAUUUACCUUCACCGCACUUGUCUCUCUAAAGGUCCUUACAGCGCAAGGUUUGUACACCAGGCUACUUACACUG